AGUUCAUAGGAAGUUUUAUAGGCUCCCACAAGACACCCUGCAGAUCGCUAAAGUCAGCAGAAUUAUACUUGCUUGUGAAAGAGGAUCUGUGGAAAAGUACAAGAACAAAUCACUUGAUGACAUAGAGAUUGACUUGAAUGAGGUUUCAGAUGAUGAAGAAUCAGUGCUGAUUGAUAUCAAGACUCCUGAAGCACCUACUGAGAAAACAGCAGAUUCAACUGUAUGUAAGAUAGAACCGUAUUUGAUACUAGAAUCCAGUUUUAGGAAUCUCAAGAAUGGGAAUGAACUUUCUGAUGAUAUUGUCAAUUCUGCUGUCUAUCCUGCCACUCAAAAAAGAGAGAGAAUCAAAUUUUUUGACCAUAAUUUAAUGUCAUCCAUUUGUCUGAGGGGUGAAACCACUUAUCCAAAGAAG